CGCCUUUGGAAGGUGGCACCCGUCCUGAUUUCUGAUUGGCUGGAUCCUAUCGGUGCUACCAACACGGUUGUAUGUCCCAUCAACGUGUGUUACAAGGAGCUUUCUGGUGCAUUUACUUAAAAAAUGGCGAGCUGGUGCGUGCGAGCAGUAAGACAGAGCUACUCUAUGGUAGCUUCGCCUGCGUUAAUACGAGCAUCUCAACGACAGUUGUGUUCAGCUACCCAGCAGGCCAAUCGCAAUGACGCAGAUAAGGGCGACGACAAACCAGAUCAGGGCAGUGCUGAAAAUAAUACAGUGGAGAGCCUCCUGAUGGAGGAGAAGACCAAGCUGGAGGGGCAGCUCCUGGACAUGACAGAAAAGUACAAGCGGGCCUUAGCUGACACAGAGAACCUGAGGACACGAACUAAGAAGAUGGUAGAAGAUGCUAAAUUAUACGGAAUCCAGGGCUUCUGUAAAGACCUACUGGAAGUAGCCGACAUCUUAGAAAAGGCCACGGAGAGUGUGCCCAAAGAGGAGGUGACGGACCAGAACCCUCACCUCAAGAACCUGUACGAUGGCCUGGUGAUGACCGAGGCCCAAGUCCAGAAGGUGUUCACCAAGCACGGCCUGGUGAAGCUCAACCCUGAUCUAGGUCAGAAGUUCGACCCAUACGAGCACGAGUCGCUUUUCCACGCCCCUGUGGAGGGCAGGACACCCGGCACCAUCGCAAUGGUGACCAAAGUAGGCUACAAGCUCCAUGGCCGCACCCUAAGGCCGGCGUUGGUGGGCGUGGCCAAAGCGCCCUAGAAACACUAAAACUGAAAAAUUGGCUUUUUUUAAGGGGUUAAGGAAAACCACAGGUCGCGAUAACCAGACGACCCCUGACACAGGACUGUCGUGAUUUCCUCACCCCGAGGUGCCUCCAAAACAACUAUACCUAGACAGUCUUCAUCACAUUAUAUCAGAUACUUUGUCUGGCAGCAGAAUGGUCACGUCAUUCAGGCAGUUGUUUGAGAUAAUUGUCCAGACUUAAAUGCUAAAGUCUCAAUGUCUAAAAAGUAAAAUUUAAACAUUAAAAAACAAAUAAUUUCAAGAUAUAUUUGUGGGACGGCGCAUGGUUGUACUGCAGUAAUCAUUCCGUAGGAUGUUUUAAAUCCUCAUGUGAAACUUGUCUUUACAGUUGUUGUUUUUUCCCAACUGCACAUUGAAGUAGUGUAAUUAAAAAGAAUGACAAUACUGAU